CAUCUCGUCUCGCGCCCAGUGCGUGGCCUAUCUGUGUGCAUUUUGCCGAAGCGUGAGGAAAAAAAACCCUUUGUGCCUUUCUUCCAGGAUCAAAUCGCGUUUAAUUCGGGGUUGUCUCGGGCUUUGAUUUAGCUUUCGGUGUGUUUGAGUUUUGCCGCGUUUAAUGUUUUCUAGGGCUAGGUCUUUCAGAAAAGCACCGCCUUCGUGUCCCUGAUGGCCACCGCAGUGCAAGCGUUUGAGCAACCGCCGACACCGAUUCCCUGGGAUAAACCGGAAAGCAGCAGCAAAGAGAUGGAGGGUGCCGUGCCCGUGGACCCGAGCCAAGCUUGGGAGAACGCGCGCAAGGCCCUCGAGAAGGUGCAGACUAACACUGGCAAGGCCACAACCGGCAAUGAACAACAGGCUGCUCCUCCUGGCUAUGGCGCAGGCUUUGGCUACGGAUUCUGGCCCGGACAGCAGCAGCCCCAGCAGGGGUGCAUGUAUCCCGGCUACAUGGGGUACAACGGUUAUCCACCUCAAGGACCCGGAGGGGCCGGCUACGGCUUCUACCCCCAUUUUAACAUGUACGGUGGCGGCUACUUCCCAGCGUCGGCGCCGGUACCGUACCCCCAGCCCACUGCUGGGCCAGCCGGUAAUACCGGUUCCCCUACUUCCGGCUCGUCCGUCGCUACGGGGGUGCCGCCACCCCCACCGGGGGAACAGGGUGCAGCGUCCUCUUCGGAGAAGGAGAGCGGCGGUGCCUCGGAGACGCCUCCUUCGGGUGGAACCCCACCCCAGGCGCAGCCACAGCAGCAACCCCAGCCCCCCAUGGGAUUCGGCCCGCAGGGCCCCGCUCCCGGCUUCGGCGGCCCCGGCUUCAGUCCGGGCUACUGCCCUCCGGGUCCUGGCUAUGGCUUCUACUACGGCUACAAUGGGAUGGCACCCAAUGGCGACGUUGGACCACACGGUCCGACACAGUUCAGCUCUGGCAUGCAGGGAAAGCAGGCUCCUGGUUCGGGCGGUGUCCGGUUUAGCCUGCCCAAGCGCGGCAAGUUUGGCGGGCGGGGUGGCAACCGCGCCAACGCCUUCCAGCAACAGCGCAUGGCGCAGGGCAACAAUCAGCGGUCCGCCGCCGAUGCCACUCAGCGCCUCGAGGACUGCAUGGCCAACCUGACUCCACAUGGUGGGGACUGGCCUGAAAGCCUCAAGCGGUACGCCAUGCGUGCAUUUGGCAAGUGCAAGUCCGAGCUGGACCGUGACCAAGUGGAGAUUGUGCUCAAAGGCAAGCUGACCAAGAUGUACCGUGACGGUGCCAUGUGGUCCAUUGACUGGGACAAUGAGCCGCUGCCCAGCAUCCACAGCGAGCGUUUGCAACAGGAGCAGCAGAAGUCCGGGCCGGGUGCGGCGAUCGGUGUUUCGGGCAUAGACAGCGCAAAUAAUAAAGUUGGCGGUGGCACAGGUGUCGGCCUGUCGCCACUGGGUGUGGCCUCUUCCAAGCUGUCUAGCCCAUCGUCCAAGCCCGGCAUGGGCUUGGGUCGGCGGCUCGGCGGUUUGAUGGCCGGCCGGCUGGGACCCCAGACGACGCCCGCAGGUGGUGCCACGGGUGGCAGGCUCGCCUCCUCGGCCUCUCCCGCCGGAGGAAGCGGAGGAGACUCUCCGCCGGGUUACAUUCCGCUCAAGAGUGGCGGUGGAGGUCGCCGGGGCGGCGACUGGGGUCGAGGUUCUUCGUCGCGCAGGUCUCCGCGGUCUCGGUCUCGUUCGCGCUCCAGGUCCAGGUCGUGGUCGCCGCGGUCGCGCAGCCCUGCCCCAACACACGUGGCUCCGAGGGAUCGUCGGAAGAAGAGGCGUUCGAGCAGCUCCAUGGAGUCCAGCCCGAGCCCAGAGGUAACUCGCACGUCCAAAAAGGCUCUCAACUCCAGCGUCUCGUCCUACACUCACGGGGGCAACAACAGCAACGCCAACGGUGGCAAAAAGAAGUCUGGCCAGGGCAACCGCAAGGCCAAUAAGAAGCAGAAGAAGCUGCUGCAGCAACAGCAGCAACAAAUGAUUCAGUUUCAGGUGGAGGAGGACAUGGCGACGACGGAGAAGCUCCAGAAGCGUGCGGCGCGCUUUCAGUCCGAGAUCUCUGCAGGCAAGAAGAAGCGGCCCUUCUCGCUGGUGCUGAGCAUCAACGCGGGACCCAGCCUGGGGCCUUCCUCUGGCGACGGGGACGGCGACCUGGACUGGGAGUCGUUCCCCGUCGUGGGCACCUGCCAGGACCUCGAGAAGCAGUACCUCAGGCUAACCUCCGCUCCCGACCCGUCGACCAUCCGACCCGUGGAGGUCCUCCGGGAGUCGCUGGACAUGGUCAAGGAGCAGUGGCUGCGGAAGCAGGACUACCACUACGCCUGCGACCAGCUCAAGUCCAUCCGGCAGGACCUGACGGUCCAGUGCGUGCGGGACCCUUUUACUGUGCAGGUGUACGAGACCCACGCCCGCAUAGCACUCGAAAAGGGUGACCACGAGGAGUUCAACCAGUGCCAGACACAGCUGAAAACCCUGUACCAGGACCUCCACUGUGGCAAUCCGCUGGAGUUUCUCGGUUACCGCAUCCUCUACAACGUCUUUGCCAGGAACACGUUAGAGCUGAAGACUAUCCUGGCGCACCUGAGCUCAUCGGAGAAGACUGACGAAGUGGUGAGACAUGCGUUGGCAGUGUGCCACGCGUGGAGCCUGGGUAACUAUGCGCGGUUUUUCAAGCUGUAUGAGCGGCCGCCCAAGAUGUCGGGCUACCUGAUGGAUUGGUUCGCGGUGCGGGAGCGCCGCAAUGCGCUCAAGGCCAUGGUCAAGGCAUACCGCCCGGUUUUGCCGGUAGAGUAUAUUGAACGCACGUUGGGCUUCGCCGACCGCGAGGACGUGCUCGCGUUCCUGGCCGAGCUAAACGUGACCCUGGCCGAGGACGGCGCCAGCGUCGACUGCAAAGAGUCCCUGGCAGCCGUGCUUGCCGCCUGAGCUGCCGACACUGCGAUUGCCGCGGCGACGGUGGUGGCUGCGCCCUUUUCUCUUUACCCUCGCUCUCAACAACCCCCUUUACCCCACCUGCCAACCUUCUUUCACUCAGCCACCGCCUUUGCCGAGGAAAGGGGUAGCGUGUAAAAAAAAAUCUCGUGCUUCUUUCCGGCAAGGCCCUGGGAGAGCAAGUUCAUCCGGGAGUGAGCACACAGCGUUGCAGACUGUAAAUAAGUGCAUUUCGUCCCCGCUUUCUGUGCCUACGCUCGCCGCAACCGUCAGCAACGCACGGGCCUGUCGGUUGGGGCGGGCCGUUGGUGCGGAGGUUUCCCAGAUGGAAGAAGACGAGGAGGUGGUCUCUCUUCUCUCCUCCAGCUACGGACAGUUGUGUUUCUGCCGUCGCGUGGGCGGGGAGGAAAGAUGGGUGUUUUCUCCGAAGCAGUCGCAGGGAAGAAGCGCGCGUUUCCCACCACCAGCCGCGAGUCAACGAGUUGCAGGGGCUUCUUUGAUCAUGCUCUGGCGUUUUGUGUGCCUCACGAACUUUUUUUCUUUUGGGCCACAUCAUCCACCCAAUGCCGUGUUCUCAUCGGAGGCCCUGCAUUUGGGGAAGGGGCAAAAUUCCAACUACCACAUCGCCUACCGAGAAAUGCCACUCCGCCCCGGAAGGGGCCUAGAAAAAUUCCGGAGGAAGCGCGACUCCGGCUCUACCGCCCUUCACCCAUUUUCGACUCCGACCGGUGUCCGGUUUGUUCCGGUCAGCGUUCAAGUCAUCGACAACUGGUAAUUGCUUUCGACCGCCGGGCCAGUCCUGAAAUUUCACAGAUCAUCUCUUCAGCAGCACCGGGCUCCAGCAGAUCGCCGAGGAUAUCCGGUACACAGCCAGCCGAGCCUUUGCCAGCGGUCUUAGCUGCUGCCAGUUUCCCGAGAUUUCAUUGGCUACCUUAAUGUUGUCCUGAGCUGUUCAAGUAGUUCUAGGCUGGAAGCCGCCACAGAAGCAGGCGGGAAUUGUUGCUGCACCUUGUAUGCCGUGAUUCAACGCUCGUUCGCAUGAAAACAUAGUUGCAGUGGAAGCAGCUCUGCUCUUCCUUAACCUGGCCAAGACAGGAAAGCCGGGAUAGCUAGCUUUUGCCAAAUAUCAGCUCGUCGUGCAGCCAUUCUAUUCAGCAGCGCAGCUUCAUAAAGCUGAAUGUCGUGAACCGGAUGGUCUGCCUGGUGUUUUUGGAAUCCGCCAGCCCUGAAGUUCUUAAAGACCAACGCGUUCAUUCAUACCAUUGCAGUAGUUCGAGCACUGUUAGAAACCGGAGCAGCAGUGCCAAACACUGUACAGUCGAUCUCUCAAGGAUCGGGAGAUGGUUUUUCUUAAAAGGAGGCGGGUCUUGGAAGUCGGCACUGGCUGCCCGGCUUCUCCACAUCUCCUAAGGCUCGUCAAGCAUCGGGUUCUGCAAGCCGGUCGACCGUGUUGCCGAAGCGCCAAUUUGUCAUCCAGCUGCCACUGCUCUUUGCGCAGAUUUUCCAGAUGGAGCCCGUCGGGUGACGAAGACGCGAUGCCAGCAAGAUCCGGAGUGCUGCAUUCCAGGAACGAAGAUUACCGCAAAGGUAAAGCAAGUCUUGCGGGUACCUGCUUUGAGCGGUGCCAGAGUUGGUGCAACGAAGAUAACCCGCAAAGGUAACAAGUCUUCGGGCACCCAGGUGAUGCGAAAGCCGGUGCCGAGGACAUUUUCUCGAAAUGCCUGCCCAGUCUUUUGUUGUGGCCUGUGCCUGUCGCAGGUUGUGUGUGUGUGUGUGCAUAAGUCUGCUCGUCAAGGACAUUGCUACAUCUACCAUUUCAAUAAUGAGAGGUGCAAUGUGUUCAUAAUGUACUUAAAUUAUCUAAAUGUGUAAGUAGCUGAUUAAAAAGCAGCCUAUAUAUAUAUGUAAAUGUGUACAUAUGUAAAUAAUAAAGCUAAAUUUGACUUUUUU